AUGGAAGAUUUAAACAGAGAGAUUCUAGCUUCGAAUAGUAUGAAUAUGAAAAGUUACUCAACAUAUUUACAUAUAAAUAAAGAAGGAAUAAUUAAAGUGAUGAGCUGCACAAUUCCUGUUAUUUUCAAACUUUUUACUAUGUUAUUUCCUGUGUUUUUAUGUUUUCUUUUAGAAGAAAAUCUGUCAAUUUCUGUGAUAAAAUUCAAUAAAUGUUAUUUAAGGAUACUAUCAGAGACGGAGUUAGAGAAUAAGAAUAAUCCUGCAUAUAAUGAUACUUUAUUGGAAAGCUUUUUUGAAUUUUUUAAAAAUGAGAAAAUUUCGUUAAAAAUGCGUGCAUAUAAGAAGUGGGAAGAAAUGUGUUUUUUUGAAGGUGUAAGAUAUUCUCUAGAUGGAAGAUCAUGGGAAAGAGAUAAAUUCCAGGAGUGGUAUGACAAAAUGCAAAAAGAUAUAGAUAGUUUUCGUGCUAGCACUGUUGAUGAAUAUAAUAAGUUGAAGGAGAGUUUUUCUAAGGAUGCAGAAUGUUCUGAAUUUUUUAUUAUGAAAAGAAAGGAAUGGAAAAAAUAUAAAGAUAGUACAUAUAAAUUGUUUAAGAAAUACGUAAAAGAUUGUAACGAAGAGUGGGAUGAAAGGAAAAAUAAAAAUAAAAAAUAA